CAGUGCCCUAUCCAAGGCCCUUUAGUCACGUGACGUUAGCACCAUCGGAACAAAUGAUUGCGAUACGGCCAUGGUGGAGAAGAAUAGCGAAGUAACUGACGUGCAGAGUUGUAGUGCAGUUUAUCCUUCAAGCUGGUUUUCAUGGAGACCUACUUCAAUGGCUAAGCUUGCACAAGCCGAAAGGAAAAUUCUUCAAGCAUUUCUGAGGAAAACAACCUAUGAUACAAAGUAUGUGACACUACCAAACACCCAUCACAGAUUGUGGACGCUGACAGUGGACCACAAAGACAAUGAGGUCAAUAACAAAAAGGUCCCCCUCGUCAUGGUCCACGGAAUGGGCGGGGGGAUCGGACUGUGGGCCCAAAACCUGGGUCCCCUCAGUGAAAACCGUCCAUUGUACGCAUUUGAUGUGUUAGGAUUUGGACGAAGUUCCAGACCCCAAUUUAGUUCGAAACCUGAAAAAACUGAACAACAGUUUGUGGAAUCUAUAGAAGAAUGGAGAAAAGAAAUGGAUAUAAAAGAAAUGAUUUUACUGGGGCAUAGCUUGGGGGCGUACAUUUCGGGGGCGUACAGUUUAAAGUACCCAGACAGAGUCAAGCAUCUGGUGCUGGUGGAUGCCUGGGGGUUCCCUGAGAAACCUCCCGAGGAUCAGCAGAGGCCGAUACCCAUGUGGAUCAAGGUCAUAGCCACUAUUAUUAAGCCCUUCAAUCCACUGGCUGUUCUACGUGUGGCAGGACCUUUUGGACCAGGACUGGUGAGGCGGUUUAGACCUGACCUACAGGACAAGUUUGCAGACACCCUGGACGAUGACACAAUUUUUGAUUACAUCUAUCACUGUAACGCACAGUCACCAAGUGGUGAGACAGCUUUCAAAAACUUGAAUACCUCGUUUGGUUGGGCUAAGAACCCGAUGAUCCACCGCCUGCCGGACCUGAAGAAGGAGGUGCCGGUCACUCUGGUGUACGGGUCCAAAUCCUGGGUGGACAGCAAUACAGGGUACCACAUCAAGUACCUCAGGAACGAGAGCUUCGUAGAAGUAGCUGUUGUACGUGGAGCUGGUCAUCAUGUCUACGCAGAUAAACCCAACCCAUUUAACAAACUGAUUCAGAGAGUAUGUGAGGCAGUAGACAACAACACUAACCCCAAACCUCUGAAAUUUCGGGAAAGUUUUAAAGCUUCUAGUGACUCAUCUACACACAUGUCUAAAACAAUCUCAGAAUCCAAGAGUUCGAAAAACUUGGUGACAGAGGAAACUCUGGAUGACGAAGAAAUAGAGACAGUCCCAGCUCAGGUUUUAUAGCAUACAAUGGUGCCAAUUUCAUUGCUGAAACAUUGUGAUAUUAAUUGCAUUUUUCAUUAGCUCUUUAAUGUCUUAAUUUAUUUUUCAUUUCUACUUUUAGAUUGUUUUUGCUUUUAUAUGUACGGGUCUUGAUUAAGAAUCACCAAAUGAAUUGCUCGAGUUUAUUUUUUUUUUAGAUUCAUUUUUUUUUUAAUUUAAGUUUGUUCUGUGGAUAAAGCUGACAAAUUUUUUUUUCUUAAUCAAGUGGUUUCAAAUUGUGCAAAAGAUACUUGAAUUUGA